UUUCAUUCCCAAGCGCAACGUUGUAUUGCGAAAUGAGAUAUCUGUUCUUGUCGCUCGUCGCGUGGAUUGCAACAACAUCGUCCUCUUCGGCCUUUGUACCGCUCGCGCGUCGGAUCGGAUGGGCGACACCGCCGACAACCUCGUCUCCGACAUUGCGUUUUUCUACCAAUACACAAUCAAGUAGCGCCACCAACAACAAUGUAGUAGUCGUGAAAGAGGGCGGCCGGGGCGUUCCUACGGCGGGACAGCAGGCAGCCGAGCAAGGCCUGACGUUGGGAGCCCCUCCGGUCCGUCCCCAAGGUGGACAUUUUCUUACCAAAGGAGGGGUUCAGGUCACCGCACACGUUUCGAGGCUCGAGUUCUCUCCUCAGCUCCAGGCCGGUACCUCCGCACAGGCCAUUGAAGAUUUGGUCACACAGUUGGAUUCUCAAAAGGGUGUUCUCCUGACGAGCUCGUACGAAUUUCCGGGACGGUACGCUCGUUGGUCACUGGGUUUCGUUGACCCCCCUUUGGAAAUCUCUGGACGAGGACAGGCGUGCACUAUUACUGCACUGAACGCACGGGGUAGAGUGCUGAUGCCCGCUAUUGAAGCUGCCAUGAAAACUUUGCGGGAACAAGAAAUCCUCGAACAAGUUAAAAUUGUCAAGGAACACGAAGAAACGACGCGCGUGGAGGUUCAAGUUGUGCCGCCUUCCGAAGUUGGUACAUUCAAUGAAGAAGAACGCAGCCGUCAGCCUUCUCUGUUUUCGGUUGUACGCGCGUUGGUAGACUUGUUCAGCUAUCAGGCGGGGGAUCGGCAAUUAGGCCUGUAUGGUGCUUUCGGCUACGAUUUGACGUUUCAAUUCGAACCCAUCGACUUGGCGCAAGAACGCGAUUCCGAACAACGGGAUUUGCUCCUUUACCUACCCGAUACUAUGCUGGUUGUUGAUCAAGACAAGCGCGACGCUUGGAGAGUAUGCUACGACUUUAACGUCGAUCAAAAGUCAACGCAGGGAAUACCUCGAACGGGGACACCACAACCAUUUCAAGCAUACGCCACCAGUACCGAUUUUGUUGAACGCGAUACACCGCCUAGCGAAUUCGCCAACUCCGUCCUCAAAGCCAAGGAAGAAUUCAAGGUUGGUAACUUGUUUGAAGCGGUUUUAUCGCAGACCUUUCGCGAAAAAUUGACUGUCGAACAGCCUCCAUCGACGCUCUUUCGUCGGUUGCGCGCACGAAAUCCUGCUCCGUACGGCUUCCUCAUAAACCUAGGCGAGCAAGAGUAUCUGGUCGGGGCCAGUCCCGAAAUGUUUGUCCGCUGCGAGGCUACAAACGACAACGAUUACCGACCGGGUGCAAUUCGUGUGGAGACCUGUCCAAUUUCAGGAACGGUCGCCCGCGGAGCCGAUGCUUUAGAAGACGCACAGCGCGUUAAAUCACUCAUGAUGAACGCAAAGGAAGAGUCUGAGCUUACCAUGUGUACUGAUGUUGAUCGCAAUGACAAGUCGCGAAUUUGCGAACCCGGUUCAGUCCAGGUGAUCGGAAGACGGCAGAUUGAAAUGUAUAGUCGAUUGAUUCACACCGUAGAUCAUGUAGAAGGCUAUUUACGUCCGGAGUUUGAUGCACUGGAUGCUUUUCUUUGCCACACUUGGGCUGUCACGGUGACAGGUGCCCCCAAAACGUGGGCGAUUCAGUUCGUCGAAGAUAACGAGCGUUCUCCUCGAUGUUGGUAUGGUGGCGCCGUUGGGAUGGUCGGUUUUGAUGGUGGCCUGAAUACAGGGCUCACGUUACGAACGGUGCGCGUCAAAAACGGUAUUGCUGAAGUACGAGCUGGAGCAACACUCUUAUUCGACUCAGAACCGGAAGCCGAAGAAAAGGAGACGGAACUGAAAGCAUCCGCUAUGAUUGACGCGAUUGUGAGGGCGGGACCGGAAGACAGUAUCGAGACCUCUAUUCUGUUGAAGAAAAAACCCAAGAAAAUGUACCAAGGGAUGUCGUUGGUACUGAUUGAUCACGAGGACUCAUUUGUACAUACGCUUGGUAACUACCUGCGGCAAACAGGUGCGCAGGUGACGACACUUCGUAGCGGCCCGUCCGCCAUCAAGACCUUGGAAGCUAUGAUAGCAAACGAAAAACAGCCGGAUUUGGUUGUUUUGUCUCCGGGUCCAGGUAAUCCCUCCGAUUUUGGAUUGUCAACGACUAUUUCUUUUCUUGAAAAGCAUCGAAUAGCCGCAUUUGGCGUCUGUCUGGGCCUACAAGGAAUGGUAGAGCAUUUUGGUGGGACCUUGGGGGUUCUUAGCUAUCCUAUGCAUGGCAAGCCGUCGACUAUAUCGCUUACUCCCGCAGGGAAGGAAGAGAACAGUAUCUUCACCUCGCUUCCCGAUUCUUUUGAAGUUGCACGGUAUCAUUCUCUACACGGCAUUCGUGAGCAGAUGCCAUCCUGCUUGGAGGUGACUGCUACAAGUGAAGACGGCGUCGUGAUGGGCAUUCAGCACAAAACAUUGCCGUUUGCUGCCGUACAAUUUCAUCCGGAGUCUAUUCUCACAAGCCCUGCUACAGGCAUGACAAUUCUGCAAAACGCGUUGACAGUAUUGAAGUAUGAGAAAGAAGUUGACGCUAUUGUAAAGGAUGCUGGCCGUCAAACAGGCUCUGAGCUUGUUGGUGAGCUAGAAAAGCUUAAUGUUGAAGCAUUGAAGGACCGUUUGGAGACAGCCGGACUUUUGUCAUCGGGUUCAAAAAGCGACCUAGUAGUCAAACUGGCACUCUGGACGCACAAGAGCAAGGAAGCAAAUGCAGGAAGACUUAAUUUGGAAGGGAUGACUGUUAUCGAGCUUAAAGAGCUUAAAAAUAGCUUAGGAAUCAAAGGUUCAGCAUCAUCUAAGAUUGAGUUGCUGAAGCUAUUGAAACGUUGCCUCCAAAUAAAAAGAUAAUGAAAACUAACUUGUU